GGCAUGAACCGCAUGUGCCACCAGUGCCAGCGCAAUGACAAGGAGGAGGGCGUGGUGUACUGCCAGCGAGUGCCCACCCACCGCUUCUGCCUCCCCUGCAUCCGCCAGUGGUAUCCCAUAUACACAGUGGAGGAAAUAAUCGGCUUCUGCCCCAAGUGCCGUGGCAACUGCAACUGCAAGACCUGCCUCCGCACCCGCAUCCCUGCACCCUAUCGAUCGGCAGGGGCAUCGGCAGAGGAGCGAGCGGGCAUGGCACGCCGAGGGGCUUCACCAGAAGAGCGAGCGGGCAUGGCGUGCCGAGUGCUGCGCUAUGUGACUCCCUUGCUGGCUGAUCUGGUGCAGCAGCAGGAGGACGAGACGAGGCUGGAAGCUGCACUCCAGGGCAAAGACCCGCAAGAGGUGGAUAUCCAGCGAGUGAAGAUUGCAGUAGACGAGCGCAUCUUCUGCUCACACUGCCAGACGUCCAUCAUUGACCUUUUCCGCAGCUGCCCGGACAAGGACUGUGGUUUCGACCUCUGCCUUUCCUGCUGCAGAGAUUUGCGGGCAGGGAAGGUACCCCCAGGGGAGGUGUUUUCUGAAGAGUCUGAGGGAGGAGAUGGGGAGGAGGAGGGAGAGGAAGAAGGGAGAGGAGAGAAGGAGGGGAGAGAAGAUGAGGUUGAAACCGAGGGAGGAGGGGGAGGGGGAAAAGGAGGGGUGAAAGGCAAGAAAAGAAAGGGUUCUUUGGGGUUAGGAAAGGCGGGCAAGAAAAGGAAGGCUGGCAGUGGUGGUGGGAGUGGGUCGACCAAGGGAGGCUCUGUGGCAAGUAUGCUAAUGAAAGAGCUAGGAUUGUCUGCGGAAUCACAAGAAAAAGGUGGUGCUGGUGCGGUUGAUGCUGCUGUUGAUGCUGAUGGUGGGGAAGGUGGGGAUGGAGGGGAUGGAAGCGGUAGGAAGGCGAAUGGGGUGAGAGUUCAUUGGGUUGCUGAUGCUUCGGGGGCGAUUCGAUGCCCUUCUGUGCGGUGCAGAGUGGUGGAUGGGGGCAAGGGGGAGGCGAAUGAGGAGAGGAAGGAGCGUGGGGAGGAGGGAGGGAAGAACGGGGAGAAGGCAUGGGAGGAAGUGAAGAAGGGCAAGCAGGAGAGAGGGGAUGGGGAGGAGGGGGGUCGGGUGGAUGGGGAUGGAGCAGCGGCUGGUGUUUUGGUCGCAGAUGCUAUGGAAGUGGAGGGUGGUGUAUCGGGUAAGAAGGUGGAAGGGACGAUGGGUGAGGAGGAGGAGGUGGGCAAGGAAGCCGGUGGAAAGGAGGAAGAAAAGGUGGAAGGGAAGGUGGAAGGGAAGGUGGAAGGGAAGGCGGAAGGGAAGGUGGAAGGGAAGGCGGAAGGGAAGGUGGAAGGGAAGGCGGAAGGGAAGGUGGAAGGGAAGGCGGAAGGGAAGGUGGAAGGGAAGGCGGAAGAGAAGGCGGAUGGGAAGGUGGAUGGGAAGGCGGAUGGGAAGGCGGAAGAAAAGGUGGAAGAGUGCAAGCAGGGAGAGCAGUGGGAGAGCAGGAAUAGGCUGGUGCUGUGCAGUGUGAGGGGCCGCGGGUGGCUGGAAGGGCUCCUUCGUCAGUGUGAGCAGCAUAUGGGGGGUGGCGAAAAGGGAGAAGGGGAGAAAGGAGAAGGGGAGAAGGGAGAAGGGGAGAAAGGAGAAGGGGAGAAGGGAGAAGGGGAGAAAGGAGAAGGGGAGAAGGGAGAAGGGGAGAAGGGAGAAGGGGAGAAGGGAGAAGGGGAAAAGGGAGAGGGGGAAAAGGAAAUGGGGGAGAAGGAAGAGGGGGGAAAGGAAGAGGGGAAGAAAGGAGCAGGGGAGACGGGACAGGGGGAGAAGGGAGAGGGGGAAAAGGGAGAGGGGGAAAAGGGAGAGGGGGAAAAGGAAAUGGGGGAGAAGGAAGAGGGGGGAAAGGAAGAGGGGAAGAAAGGAGCAGGGGAGACGGGACAGGGGGAGAAGGGAGAGGGGGAAAAGGGAGAGGGGGAAAAGGAAAUGGGGGAGAAGGAAGAGGGGGGAAAGGGAGAGGGGAAGAAAGGAGAAGGGGAGAAGGGACAGGGGGAGAAGGGAGAGGGGGAAAAGGGAGAGGGGGAAAAGGGAGAGGGGGAAAAGGAAAUGGGGGAGAAGGAAAUGGGGGAGAAGGGAGAGGGGGGAAAAGGAGAGGGGAAGAAAGGAGAAGGGGAAAAGGGAGAGGGGAAAACGGAAGAUGGGGGAAAGGGAGAGGGUAAGAAAGGAGAAGGGGAGAAGGGAGAGGGGAAAACGGAAGAUGGGGGAAAGGGAGAGGGGGAAAAGGUCGAGCAGGAAAAGGGAGGCGUGGAAGAGACGAAAGAAGAGGAGGAGAAAGGAGGAGUGGAGGUAGGCAGGGAGAACGAGGUAGUUGUGGGUAAGGCAAGUAUGGAUGUAGCAAGCAGUGCAGGGAUGGGGUGUGGGGUGUGCGAGGACAAAUUCUCACACAUGCACCGACUCAUGCUGGCCCUUGCUUCUGUCUGGAGUGAUUUACAGCGCAAGCGGAACGAGAGUGGGAUAACAUAUGAGGAGGAUGGGAGUGGUAGGGAGGAAGCAGGGAAGAUCAAGGGGGAGGAGGACCGAGAUGAGCAGAAGCAGGGAGAAGGGGAGAUUGAUUUGGUCGAGGAGGAGAAGGGCUGCAGUAGCAUCAAACCGUCCGUUGCUAGUGAUGCUGCUGCUGAUGCUGCUGCUGCCCCUGCUGCUGCCCCUGCUGCUGCUCCUGCUGAUGGUGUUGCUGUUGCUGCUGUUGCUGCUGCUCCUGCUCCUGCUAAUGAUGCUACUGCUCUUCCUCCUCCUCCUGCUCCUACUACUUCUCUUGUUGCUUCUGCCACUGCCACUGCCACUGCCCCUCCUCCUGCUCCUUCUGCUGCUGCUGGCGAUUCUCCCCCUGAUACCUCCUCUUCACAUCUCUCCCACUGGCUGGACCUGUCCUUCCCCAAAGCCCUUUCUCUCUUCAAACACUUCAAAACCGCUCUCAACCGCGAAUGCCACUCCAACAGCCUCCUCUGGGCAUCCUGCCGUCCGGGCAGCUCCGACAAUUUCCUCUUCUGCCCGACCCUGCCUUGGCCGAGGACAGAAGCAGAGGAGGGAGAGGGGGAGAAGAAAAAACCGGUAGAUGCGAAAACAGCAGAGGGAAGUGAGGAAGCUGGAAAAGAGGGGAAGGAGGAGGAGGAGGAGGAGGGGCGAGAUGAGACGAAGUUGGUGGCGCAUUUUCAGCGGCACUGGGAGCGUGGAGAGCCGGUGGUGGUACGGCAGGUGUUGGAUCUAAGGCAUGGGCUCAGCUGGGAGCCUCUGGUCAUGUGGAGGGCGUUUAGGGAGACGACUCCUGGGGCGCAGAUGAGUGGAGAUCAACACGCGGCAGUUCUUCGAGGGGUACUGGUCGGGGCGCAUGCACGGCUCGUGCUGGCCGGAGCUGCUGAAGCUGAAGGACUGGCCGCCCGCCGCCUUCUUCCACGUGCGCCUGCCCCGCCACGGCUCCGAGUUCAUCAACGCCCUGCCCUUCCACGCCUACCCCAAGACACUCUGACACUUCCACUUCAACCCUCUUCCCCACCCCACUUUCUCCCCCUCUCCCUCUCCUCCUCCCUUCGUUCUUCCCCGUCCAUCUGCCCCCUCUCCCGCCUUCCUCCCCCCUCCUUCUCUUCCCCCCCCACCCCAUCCCCUCAGGUGGAGAUCAACACGCGGCAGUUCUUUGAAGGCUACUGGUCCGGCCGCAUGCACUCGUCGUGCUGGCCGGAGCUCCUCAAGCUCAAGGACUGGCCGCCUGCCGCCUUCUUCCACGUGCGCCUGCCCCGCCACGGCUCCGAGUUCAUCAACGCCCUCCCCUUCCACGCCUACCUGCACCCCGAGGAGGGAGACGUGAAUGUGGCGGCGGCGGCUGCGGCGCCUAAGGGGAGUUUGAGGCCGGAUCUGGGCCCGAAGACGUAUAUUGCGUAUGGGGUGAGGGGGGAGCUGGGCGCGGGAGACUCGGUGACAAAGCUGCACUGCGAUAUGUCUGACGCGUCGACUGAAAACGUCGAGUUCAUCAACGCCCUCCCCUUCCACGCCUACCUGCACCCCGACGAGGGCGAUGUGAACGUGGCGGCGGCGGCCGCGGCGCCUAAGGGGAGUUUGCGGCCGGAUCUGGGCCCGAAGACGUAUAUAGCGUACGGGGUGAGGGGGGAGCUGGGCGCGGGGGACUCGGUGACGAAGCUGCACUGUGAUAUGUCUGAUGCGGUGAACGUGAUGACCCACUGCCAGGAGGUGCCUCUGAAGCCUUUCAAGAGCAAGAGUGUUCUUACUGUGAACGUGAUGACCCACUGCCAGGAGGUGCCUCUGAAGCCCUUCCAAGAGAAGCUCGUGCGACGGCUGCGAGAGGAGGUGGAGAAGGCUAGGGCGAAGGGAGGAGAGAGGGGGGGUGAGAGGAGAGCGGUAGGGAAGGAGAUGAAGGAGAAGGAGAAGGAGACGGGGAAGGGGAAGGAGGAGGUGGAGGAAAAGCAGGAGGAAAAGGAGGAGGAGAAGGAGAAGGGCAAGGGGAAUGAGAAGGAGGAGAAGGAGAAGGAGAAGGAGAAGGAAAAGGAGGAGGGGGAGAAGGAGAAGAAGGAGGAGGAGAAGGAGAAGGAGGAGGAGGAGAAGGAGAAGGAGAUAAAUCUUGGUGACGCGCUGUGCCUUCUGCAUUCUGCUUUCCCUCAGCACCCAUCUCCAUCUGCUGCUGCUCCUGCUUCUGCUCUGCAUGCCACACCAUCCAAGCCUUUGGCAGUGACGGGAGGUGAUGUGAAAGUGCCACCUGUUCUUGCUGUUGGUGCGGCUGCGACUGGCGUUGAUGACAAGGGGUUUCAGAAGCAGAAGGAGGUGAAAGAAAAGGAGAACGGUAAAGCAGAGAAGGAAGAGGAAGAGGAAGAAGAGGAGGAGGUGGAGGAGGAUGAGGAGGAGAGGGAAGGGGCGUGGUUCAACGAGAGGGGAGGGGCGCUGUGGGAUAUAUUCCGGAGGGAGGACGUGGGCCUGCUGAGGCGGUACAUUCGAGAGCACAAGCAUGAGUUCACCCAUCUUCACAACAAGCCUUUACCCUCGCUAGAGCAUGAGGUGCACGACCAGACCGUGUACCUCUCCAACCAUCACAAGCGCCAGCUGCAAGAGCAAUACGGAGUGCAAGCAUGGACGUUCCAGCAGCAGAGAGGAGACGCAGUGCUCGUGCCGGCUGGUUGCCCGCAUCAAGUCAGAAACCUCCAGUCGUGCAUGAAGGUGGCGGUUGACUUUGUGUCGCCUGAGAGCGUGUCAGAGUGCGUUGCACUCACACACGAGUUCCGAAUGCUGCCCUCUGAUCACCGCGCCAAGGAGGACAAGCUCGGGGUGUACAACAUGGUGAUCAAUGCAGCACAAAGGGCGCUCGCCUCCCUGCAACCCGACUCCCAGCCUACUGCAUCUGCUGCACACAACACCCGCAAGAGGAAAAAGCCGUGA